AUGGAAACAAGUCAAAUUCCAAAAAUUCUUCCGGUCCAAUUAAAAAAAACAUGUAUCUCAAUAAUAUCAGGACAGUUAUUAUCUAUACUGAUUGGUCUUACUGCAAUAUGUAAUGGUGUACUUUCUAAAUAUAAUAUAAAUUUACCAUUAGCUAUAAAUUUUCCACAUUAUUUUUUAUUAUUUUUUUUCUAUGGAGUUCCUUAUCUUUGUUUUAAUCUAUUUAAGAAAUUAACUCAUUCUAAUAAUAAUAACAAUAAUAAAAAUGAACCGAUUAGUAAUACUUUAAAUUACAAUAUCAAUGAUAGAACUAUUACAAAUCAUAAUAGUAAUUCUAUUACUGACAAUGAACAAAUUAUUAUUCUACCUAAUUCUGAGAAAACUUUUAUGCAAUCAUUAUUAGUUCGUUUUAGCUUUUAUUCAUUAAUUGCUAUUAUUGAUGUUCAUGCUAAUUGGUCCAUUGUAACUGCAUAUGCGUAUACAAGUGUAACUAGUAUUCAAUCAUUAGAUUGUAUCACUAUACCAACAGUUGUAUUAUCAAGUUAUUUUUUCUUAUCCUAUCGUUAUACAUGGAAUCAUUAUAUUGGAAUAAUUUCAUGUUUAAUUGGUACUACUGGUAUGAUACUCACAGAUUAUUUUAUACAAUCAUCAAAUCAAAACAUUGUUCAUUAUGGCAAUACAAGUGAAAUCCAUUUGAAUCAAUUAUAUAAUAGCACUAUAAACAAUCAAUUAUUUACUGCAAAACAAAUAAUAUUCGGUGAUUUCCUAGUUAUUAUUGGAGCUAUUUCAUAUGGAUUGUCAAAUGUUCUACAACAAUAUCUUGUUCUAAAAUAUGGUAUUAUAGAAUUUCUUAGUUGUGUUGGUUUAACAGCAUCCAUCAUAACAUUAAUUUAUACUAUUUCAAUUGAAAAACAUUCAAUCAGCAUGAUGCUGUUUAAUGUUAUGUCUAUAGAUUUAACGAAAGUUACUAGUUGUUUCAUUGGUUAUGCUGUAGCAAUGUUUCUAUUAUAUUCUUUAAUGCCAUUAAUUUUAAUGCGUUCAUCUGCUAUUCUAGUAAAUUUAUCAUUACUUACAUCCGAUGUUUAUGCUGUAUUGAUGGACAUUUUUAUAUUUCAUCAUAGUUUUCAUUAUUUAUACAUUUUAUGUUUUAUGAUAAUUUUACUCGGCGUUGGUGUAUUCAAUGUAAAUGAACCAGUUAUUACUGAUAAAAAAGAUCACCAAUCGAAUUGUUUCCACUUUAUUUCACGGAAAACUAA